UCUGGUACAAAAUAUAGUAGCAGUACUCUACAAAGACACAACACAACUCAACGAUCGUUAAAAAUGUUCUGCAAAAAUACAUUUGCUCUGGCGAAAACUGGCCUCGUGCUGGUUGUGGUGGUGCUGGCUGUCUGUUCCAACGGAUACCCCUCGGGCCAAGCCGAUCCGGAAGAGAAUGGAGCAUUGGUUGUUGAAACUGGCCCAGAGCCGGAACAAUCCUCGUUGGUCGCAGAUGUCCUGGAGGGACAUCAGCGGUUCAAGCGGGCAACCUGCGAUUUGACCAGCGGAACCAAUAUCGGCAGCAGUGCCUGUGCAGCCCACUGUAUCGUCAAGGGCUUCCGUGGAGGCUAUUGCAACGAUAAGCUGGUUUGCGUUUGCCGGAAGUAGAACGCUGUUUGAUUAGAACUAAAAACACCGUACCAAACGUAACACUGUACCAACCUUAGAAAAUCAUCACCGUAGGACACAUGGUGGCAAAUUUAUCAACAUCCUUAACACUUGGUACUAUUUUUCAAACAACUAAUUACUAUGUAGUGGAAGGCAUAAGUACACAAUAAACUAUAAU